AUGUUGGGACACUUCGGACGCCUGGGACAGGUUUCAGGCGCAAGUAAAGAGCCCAGAGUAUCCGCAUCCGGCACAAGUCUUCCCCCGCUUCCACUUGAGGAAGCCGCGCCCCUGCUCAUUGAGUCUGGAUACGCAGUGUUCACGGCUCGCCUGGAGACAUACCGAACCGAGAAGGGCGAAGAGAAGAAGAGGUUUUUGCCAUCGGUCUCAAGCUGGCAGACGCUGACGCCGGAGAACAGCAAGGAGUACCUAGCAACCGGGCCUUCCAAGAAUGCUUUGAGCAUCAACUGUGGAAACUCGGAUGUCGUCGUGGUCGACAUCGACCUGAAAGGAGGGGGGAUGGAGACGUGGCAACAGCUAGAGAGAGUGCACGGCGUAUCUAGCGGCUUUCGAUGCGAGACCGGGACGAAAGGGCUUCACCUCUUCUUCAAGCUGAGCAGCUCGGUGGCAGUGGGGUUGGAAUCGGGCAGCGAGAGGCCGACCACAUGGGCCGGUCUGGAGUGGCUCAUCAAGCUGGUCAACAGGCGCAAUACUCCCAGGAGCGUUCGCCCUCCAAGCCUCGUCCUUCCUGCAAGCCCUGCUACCAGCGUCCCCGCUGCUGCGACGGCUCUUUAUGCCCCUGAGCUUAUGGACGAGGACUUGCUGAAGCGAGUUGUCGCAGCCCAGCGCGAGAUGCUGACGACCUGGGGGGACAGCACGUCGACUUUCUCCAAGGCCACGAUCUCUCGCGACGGCACAGGCGUGAUGUACGACUACAAGACUGGCCCAGGGGGGCGCCGCUGCCCGUACCUCAACCAGUGCGAUGCCCCUCAUGUCAGCAACCACUUCGGCCUGCUGCGAAGGGGCCUGUCAAACACCUACUACUGCUACAGCUCGGAGUGUGCCGAUCGUCACAAACAGGGGGGGACGAGGAAGGACAUCGGCAAGCUCGACUUCCCUCUUGCAGCCGCCUUUUCGGAUGCACGUCCCCUGCACGCGGAUCGCUCGGAGCUGUACCGGGACCGCACUCUACUGCCGCACAACUUCCUGAGAAGGAACCUCAGCACCCUAGCAG